GUAUCCAAUACUAAACUACGACGGAGAAGCAAAGAGAUCAGAGUUAACGACGGACAUGGCGCCACCACCAUCGACGGCGAUCUCACCGGUAGUCGUGCUGGCCGUUAGGAUUCUGACGUUCGUUUGCCUGUUGGUGUCGCUCAUCUUAAUCACUACCAACACCGUUACUUUAUCUUCUUCAGAUUACGAUGGGGGUUUAAAGAUCAAGUUUAAUGAUCUCUAUGCUUAUCGGUACCUAGUUUCUACAGUGGUUCUGGGAAUAGCAUAUACUCUUCUCCAAACUGCAUUUUCCAUCUUCCAAGUCAGCACUGGAAACCGCAUUGGCGGAGAGGGUUUCUGCCUGUUUGACUUUUAUGGUGACAAGGUUGUUUCGUACCUUCUUGCCACCGGAGCGGCGGCGAGCUUUGGCAUGACGGUAGAAUUGAAGAGAAACGACCCGGGAAAGGACAUGGAUAAAUUUCUGAACGUGGGAAACGCGGCGGCUAGUCUUUGCUUCAUAGGUUUCUUGUUUGCUGCCGCCUCGUCCGUCUUCUCAUCUUAUGCUCUUCCUAAGAGAGUCUGAUGAUUGAUUGGAUUGUUCUCUGCAUGCAUGCAUGGAUUGAAAUGGUGUCGGACUAUUAUAUCAAGAUUUUUCAUCUUCCAAUGUUAGUUUUUGUUAAGAUUAUUGUUCCUGUAUGUGUAUUGUUUUAAGAGAUGGUUUAGGUGCAUCUCCUUAAUUGAGUCUAAAUUUAUAGUUACAUUUAUGGCAUGUUGCAUUUGUUCCACCUAAAUGUAAUUAAUAUUAUUUGAUUCAACUCACGUGAA